CAAAACUUCUCGGAAGCGGAGGAGGCAGCGAAACAGAAAAGAAACAGCUCUAAAAAGUGAAGAAAAGUUAAGAUGGUGUUUGCAAAGAUCGGUUUAAUUUUGCUGCUAGCGCUAAAUCUCGUCAAAGGAGAUUCACACGGCAAGCUGCUGGAUGAAACCGAGGAAACGAUGGACCUGGAGACGUACCAUCCGAAUCGUGAUCUUCCAAUACCGAAUACUAUAGUGUCCCACCAAAGAUACAAAUGCUACAGCUGCGAACCGCCCGACUGUGCCGACACGACGGCCCACGCCCACCUCUGCCAGAAUGCGAUCCAGUGCUGGAAAUCGCGGAUCCGCGACCAGUACGGACACGAAAGCGUUUCCCGCGGGUGCACCACCACACACGAGCAGCUUCCCCUGUACUGCAAUCCGAAUCUGAUGAACAGCAGCGGACCGAAGAAACGGCACGCCUCCGGGACGUACAACAUCGAGUGCUGCAUCGGCGAUUACUGCAACAACGGGAGCUUUCCCGCACUGCCGCCGGUUGAGUAUGGAAAUGAAGUGAUGAAGCUGGAGACUUCAACCUACCCCUUGAAACUGACGAUGGCCAUCCUGGGUCCGGUGCUGAUAUUGGUCAUUGCCGGAACAAUCGCGUGGUGCUUCAUGCGCAGAUCACAUCGCAAACGACUCAUGGCCACCAGGAGUAAACACGAUCCGGAAACCUACUACGCCAGUGAUGAGAUUCUGAGGGCAACCAGUGCCGGAGACAGUACGCUGCGGGAAUACCUACAACAUUCGGUCACAUCCGGAUCGGGUAGUGGUCUACCGCUGUUGAUCCAGCGAACGCUUGCUCGACAGGUAUCACUGUGCGAGUGUAUCGGCCGGGGACGAUACGGGGAGGUUUGGCGGGGCAUCUGGCACGGGGAAAGCGUUGCCGUCAAAAUCUUCUUCUCGCGUGAUGAGGACUCCUGGAAGCGGGAAACGGAGAUCUACAGUACGGUCCUGCUGCGGCACGAGAACAUCCUCGGCUACAUUGGUUCGGAUAUGACCUCGCGCAACUCGUGCACCCAGCUGUGGCUCAUCACACACUACUACCCGCUGGGGUCGCUGUUCGAUCACCUGAAUCGGACUGCCCUGAGCCAUCACCAGAUGGCGACGAUUUGCCUUUCGAUUGCCAACGGUUUGGUGCACCUGCAUACCGAGAUCUUCGGAACGGAAGGCAAACCGGCGAUCGCUCAUCGUGACCUGAAAACGAAGAAUAUCCUGGUGCGUAUCAAUGGGACGUGCGUGAUAGCGGACUUCGGACUGGCCGUGACGCACAGCCAGACGACGAACAAGAUCGACAUAAGCAACACGGCACGGGUCGGAACGAAGCGGUACAUGGCUCCGGAGGUGCUGGACGAAAGCAUAAACAUGGAGUGCUUCGAGUCCCUGCGGAAAGCGGACAUCUACGCCAUCGGUUUGAUGUUUUGGGAAAUCUGCCGCCGUACGCUGUCGAACGGCAUUGCCGAAGACUACAAGGUCCCGUACUACGACUGCGUCACGUCCGACCCCAGCUUCGAGGAGAUGCGCAAGGUCGUCUGCGGGGACAACUACCGACCGUCGAUACCGAACCGGUGGGUCUCCGAUCCGCUCCUCUCCGGCAUGGCCAAACUGAUGCGCGAGUGUUGGCACGCCAACUCGAACGUGCGCCUGCCGGCCCUGCGGAUAAAGAAGACCCUGCUGAAGCUGGCCAUCUCGGACGAAACGGUCAAGCUCAACUACGACGGGGAGAUUUGCGUUUGAUGGCUGCUGACGGUGGUCGUAGGACGAGAGAAAAGUAUCAAAUCAGACAACAAUAUCAAAUUUGGAUCGUCGUCCUUUAUGUUAGUUGGCGUGCGUGCGUGCGUGCGUUUGUUGGUACCAGUGGUGAGAAAGUGAGCGUUGGGAUGUGCAUGCGAAGUCGUAGCGAAUGAUUGAGUGAGAGGGUUUCAAAUGUGUAUAUAUUUUUGUGUAUUCUAAUUACUAGAUUAGAACUGUUAAAACGUACGAGAACCUUUUAUCGAUUGCCCCCUGUCUUUCUUCCGAUCUUAAAUUAGUAAAAUUGUGUUUUACGUUGAUGAAACAUCUUUCAGUUGCAUAAGUUUUAAAUAAAUUUCGUUUCGAUUUAAAAAUUACGUCCUAUUUCGAUCGGGUUUCAAUCGCAAAACAAAGCAGAGAAUGCAAAGAUCAGACAAUGUUCAGUAUUAUUAACUGAAUGUAAUACGAUAAUAAUGAUAAAAUAAACGACAAAGAAAAACACAAAACUAACCUACAACCUUCUACGGAUAGACACAGAUACAACUAUUUACACUCCGAUGCGAGGUGGAAGGCAAAUGCGCCACUUCAUCAGUGAAUGAUUAUUCGACGAUCGAGCAUUUUUCGUUUUUGUUUUUAGAGGGAAAAACUAAACAUCCAAAUUAAGUGCCAUUUAGUCAACAAUAGAGGGGAGUGAAUUGCAUUGAUUUCAUACGUAGAUUAACACACUGUCAGUGGUAGUUGAAAAGCUCCGUUUUUCGCUGUUGUACAUAUAGGUCCGGUAGGAUGUAGGAAGGAACAGACCAUUUUAUUUCAAAUUUUAUUCAAAUUAGGUUGGCGUGACGUUUGCUGAAGAAUUUGCGAGUGUGUUUCUUUUUUUGUUUUGAUAAGUUAAAUGAAAACAAGCGCGAAUGCCGAGCAAAAAGGAGCAAAUUUCUAACAACACAUAUUUAUAGUGAAUCGAUCUUGUAGCAACCGCGACUCGACGGGAAAGGUUGGGUUCAGUAGAUUAUUUUAAUGUUUAUUUUCGAGCAAUAAAUGAUAGGAAGCAUAGUUAGUUUAUAACAAAAA